AUGAAGGCGACGCCUAUAAUGAUGUAUCUGUCCGUCUUCCGCAAGUCGACAUUGCGGAUGUGGUAUCUGCCUCUGACCGUAUUUCUUUAG